UAGCGCUCUUCAGCAAAAGCGGAGUAGAUGCGACACACGGCGCUCACGUUCCCGGCAUGCACUGGGGAGCUGUAUAUUGAGGAAGCUGUGGCACGGGGAAAUCGAGUAGCUGUUGUGGCGCGAGCGCUGGGAAUCUCCUCAUCCUCAUCCUCAUCCCAGAAAAUUCUCUAAGAAAAAGAAAAAGAAGGGGAGAAAAAAAAAAAAAAACCCGGACGGGACACACUAAGCUCUUCUCUCUCGCCGAUCAACAGCACCACCAUGAAUUACUUGCGCCGGCGUCUGUCCGACAGCAGCUUUGUAGCCAACCUGCCCAAUGGCUACAUGAUGGACUUGCAGAGGCCCUCCGGCUCUAGCGGUUCCAGCAGCUCCACCAGCUCCCCGGCGUCCCCGGCCACGGAGAGGCGUCAGCAGCAGCCUGCAGCACCAGCAGCAGCAGCAGGAGCAGCAGCACCGUGUCCACCUCCUCAACCCGCCUCCUCGGGCACGUUUCUCAGCUCUUUCUCCAGCGUGGUGAAGACCGCUCAGAUCGCCAGUGCUGUGCAGGCCAAAGCUGCUGCUCAUGCUGACAGUACAGCAGCUGCAGCAGCGAGUGCCACCGCUCUGGCCAAGGCUGUAGUCCGCAAGCCCAAAGUGCUGUUAGUCAUCGAUGAUGCACACACAGACUGGGCAAAAUAUUUCCGAGGGAGGAAGCUGAACGGGGAAUAUGAGAUCCGUGUGGAGCAGGCUGAGUUUUCAGAGAUCAACGUGGCGUCCACCGUCAGCACCGGCUGCGUGGUCGAUAUGCAGGUCACUCGAGGUGGCACCAAAGUUGUCAGGUCCUUUAAACCAGAUUUCAUCCUGAUUCGCCAGCACGCCUACAGCAUGACCCCGGGAGAAGACUUCAGAAGCCUUGUGAUUGGUCUGCAGUAUGGCAGUGUGCCGAGCAUCAACUCCCUGCACUCCAUCUACAACUUCUGCAGCAAACCCUGGGUUUUUGCUCAGAUGAUCAAACUCUACCAUGACCUGGGACCAGAGAAAUUCCCCCUGAACGAGCAAACUUUCUUCCCCAACCACACACAGAUGAUGCCAACUCCGACAUUUCCAGUCGUUGUGAAAAUGGGGCACGCCCAUGCAGGCAUGGGAAAGAUAAAGGUGGAGAAUUCGACCGAUUUCCAGGACAUCACCAGCGUGGUGGCUCUCGCCAAAACGUACGCAACUGCAGAGCCUUUUGUCGACUCCAAGUACGACAUCCGGAUCCAGAAAAUUGGCAACAACUACAAAGCAUACAUGAGAACCUCCAUUUCAGGUAACUGGAAGGCAAACACGGGAUCUGCUAUGCUGGAGCAGAUCGCCAUGACAGAUAGGUAUCGUCUGUGGGUGGACUCGUGCGCCGAGAUGUUCGGAGGUUUGGAUAUCUGCGCUGUGAAAGCUGUGCAUGGAAAAGACGGCAAGGAUUAUAUCAUAGAGGUGAUGGACAGCUCUAUGCCUCUGAUUGGUGAGCAUGUGGAGGAGGACAAGCAGCUCAUCGCUGACCUGGUCCUCAGCAAGAUGGCUUUUGCUCUGCUCGGCAUCACCUCUCCUCAGUCCUCCAAUGCCAAGACACAGCCUGGUCCUCAGACGACUCAGCCGAGACGAGUUCAAGGAGGUCCCCGUUCAGGCUCAGUCUCAUCGUCUCAGCCUGCACAGGGAUCUCCACAGCGAACUCGCUCUGCAAACACCUCUCCCAGUCAAGCCUUCCAGCCAGGCCCAAUCCCAGCAGCCCCCUCUCAGAAACAAGCACCACAGCUCAACAAGUCUCAGUCCCUCACAAACACCUUCACGGAGACGCUGAGAGGAAACCCAGCAGACGACGAGGCCAAAGCUGAGACCAUCCGCAGCCUGCGCCAGUCCUUCGCCAGCCUGUUCUCCGACUAAUACACUCGCUCUCACACACACACACACACACACACACCGAGAUCUGCACUUUGGGAACGGAGGUUGUUGUGAAGGUCAGUAGAGUGGAAGUGAAAUCUCUAACCUCAUGACUGAGGAAGAUGUCCAGUAGAUCCAUGUCACUAAUUUUCAUUUUGUCUCAUACUUUUCAAACCUGACUUCUCUUCCUUCUUCCCUGAUCCUGAGUUUCUGAGAUUUAGACUUCCUUUUUAAACCGAAAUUUCAUGAUGGAGAAGAUCCACAAGGGUUCCAUCAUGAAAAUAACCACUUGUUUAUUUAGUUUUUAAUCCCGAGUUCCAGUCCUGGGGGUUUUUCUGCUUAGAGACUUCUGAUUCAGCUCACCGCUUAAUUUGCAGGUUUAGUCGGUGUGUGUUAGAUCUGGAAAAAUCACUAAACCUCACUGGAUUGUGGACCUCCAGCAUUGGAAUUAUGGGAUUUUUAUGUAUAAAAUCAAAGAGGGACUUCCUGUGGACUCAUGGUCAUAACUUAAAACAGUAUAAAAAAUUUCUGUCCAACUUAGUAUCCCACCGUCACCUUCACAAAUAAUUAAAUAAAUAAAUAAUAAUUUUUAAUUUGCUAGUCCAAAAACUAUUGUUUAGCAAAAAUUAAUUGUUUAAUUAUAUGCUAUCCCCUAAAAAUGUAGCAUAUUGUUUUGUAGCUUUUAUUUAUUUAUUUUAUUCUUAUUUUUUCCUGUGUAGCGUAGCAUUUACAGUAUAAUUCUUUCUAAUCUGUCAUUCCUUUAUGAUUAAAUCAGUGACUGAAUUAGCAAAUAGUUAUUAUGUUAUAAUCCCCGUGACACAGGAUGUGUUCCAGGCUAUUAGGCAAUAUUCCACAGUGGGUCUCAUCUUUAUUUCUAAAAAAUGGGUCAGUCUUCCAUUACGAUAUAUAUCUAUAUAUCUUCCCUUUAUAAGUGACGUAUACUUGACAGUGUAAGUACUGUAAAUACUGUAUUAUGUAUUGGGCAUUUGAUCUCCUCUCUGAGCUCUUCUCACUUUCGCGAGAAGGAACUUCACAACAAUAUAAAGGAGAAGGUAAUAAUGAGGCGUGAGUCCCAUCUGAAAGCCAUCAAAUCAUUGAGGCCUUGAUUUACUAAAAUCCCAAAUGUGUAGGGAAAAGAGGGGCGUGUGAAACUAUAUGGAAACGAGGUGCUGUGGAUGGGAUAGCCGUGGCCUGGAGUUGAAACUAAAGCAGGCGUGUUUGUGCAGUUCAGUUUUAAAGGCUGUGAUACAGAUACUAUACAGUAUGAAUGCAGCAUUAAAGUGUGUCAUGUUCAUAAGGAGCAAGCGAAUGACGUCUCUGUUUAAACGCUGAUAGAGUCUGAGGUGUGAACAUGCAGGCUUUUAUGAAACACCUUGAGAGCCUGAGGCCUAGUUUUAAUAAACAUCUUGAAUAUAAUGUAAUGAAUGGUAUCACUUUGUUGGACCUCUGCUAACUGAUGCUGCGUUCGACUAAAGCUCAUAACUCUCAUUUUCUCAAAUUAAGAAAAAAAAACUAGGAAAACAUCUCCCCAAGUCUCUGCUCGGAAACUUGGGAUUGUUUUCUUCAAUGAUGGAUGAUCAUGGUCAUGUUCAUCAGUACAGUUUUUAAAAAAAAAUGAUCUGGUUAACAUCACGCUAAAUCUUGUAUUCCCAGUUCAGGCUUCCCAGUUCGCAGUUGAAGUCGAAUGCAGCAUUAGUGCUCCAUAUUUCACACUUUUAGACAGAUAUUCUAUCCUGUGUUCUUUAAAAACACACACACACACACACACACACACAUGAUUAAAUACAAAAUUUUGUUUAUGUACAAGACACAAUUCUUCAGUCACACACACACACACACACACUAACACACAUAUACACUCACAACACAGAUUCAAACAAACACUCAUAUACACACUCAUUCACUCACUUACACAUACACACUCACUCACUCACACACACACACACACCUUUAGUAAAUCAGGGCCUAAGCGUUUGACCACAUUUAUUUCUACACAAAAGAAACGAUGAGAGUUGAAUAUCUGAGGCCUCAUAUCGCUCGCUCUCAGUGUUUUGUUGAUUUCUGUAUUGUACACUAAGUAUUUUGUGACCAUGAAUUAUUACGUUGCCUGUUAAUGUAAGUAGCUUGAUUUAUUUGACUUGUGGACCAAAUUAUGUGUUCAAAAAAAAAAAAAAAAAGCUAAAACAAAAUCAAGCGUUGCAGUGAUGCUGCAGGUUUUAUUGUUUCUUCUUUUGAGAGAAUGCCUAACGUCAGUGUGAUGUGUUUCCUCUGUCAUUUACAUGCACCUUAUGACGUGCAAUGAAAAGCCAUAAAAUAGUAAAGAGGAACUGUUUCAUGUUUGGUGAUUUGGAGCUGUGAUUUGUUAUAUGUUUAUAUUUUAGGCGCACACUGCUACCUUUCAGUUCUUCUCUAGCUGAUAGAAUAACACAAGUCCAUAUGUAGAUUAUAUGUCUGUACACACCAGAGUAAUAAUCUUAUAGCCAGAAAUAGUCAAAGCAAUUGAAAAUGAUCUGUUCACUAUAACGUUGAUGUGGUAUAUAUUACCUGAAGUGUGUAACUAAUCUAUAAACUUUCAAUGCAUUUAUUUAUCCUGGUUAAAUAAUGAUUAAUUAAUUAUUUAUUAUUUUAUCCUCUAAAUCCAAAUGAAAAAGAUUGUGUAUUUAUGUAUGGAUGUAUUUAUUUAUCCUGGUUAAAUAAUGAUUCAAUAAUUAAUUAUUUAUUAUUUUAUCCUUUGAAUCCAAAUGUAAAAGUUGUGUAUUUAUGUAUGUAUGUAUUUAUUUAUCCAGGUUAAAUAAUGACGAAUUAAUUAUUUAUUAUUUUUUUCCUCUGAAGCAACACAAAAGGUUGUGUAUUUGUGUAUGUACGUAUUUAUUUAUCCUGGCUAAAUAAUGAUGAAUUAAUUAUUGAUUAUUUUUUUCCACUGUAUCAAAAAUGAAAAGGUUGUGUAUUUAUGUAUGUAUGUAUGUAUUUAUUUAUUUAUUUCAAGAUUUUUUUUUUUCUUUUGCAUAUUUUUUUAAUGUGCAUUUUCUUUGACCCCAUGUAUAUUAGCAGAACGACGUUCUUUACGAAGCAUGCCUUGAUUUUUUCAGUAUUGGGCGUGUCGGAGCAUUACAUCGACGAGGUGAUUAGCUUUAAAAUCUGAGGCAUAGCUGUUGAUGAUCUCUCACCUGACCUGCAGUGGCUCAGCUACCUCACGGCUCCGUCUCUCGAAAUGCAAACGACUCACCAGUUCAAAAUUAUGCAGUAAAAGCUGAAGCUCAGAGAACGUGUGUGUGUGUGUGUGUGUGUGUGUGCGCAGGAAACCCACCACGUACCUAGCCGUAGAUUAGUUUCUAGGAUUUUAGGUUGAUAUUCCUCUAGGUUGAACAGAUUAAUGUGGGUCUCAACACAACACAACACAACAACUAUGGCAACGUGAAAUUUACACAAAUGAAGCAAAACCAGCUGAACGUGAAGCAAUUCCACUCACAGAGCUUACAGUGAUUUCACCACCCUUUCACUGCAGUGAGCCUAAAAUAUAUACACACACACAACGCACACUCAACAAUGUACGUACCACAAUACACACACAACAGUACAUAUGCAGAAACAACACACACAACAAUAUAGCCUUCACAAUAUACACACACACAACAGUACAUAUGCAGAAACAACACACACUCAGAAGCAAAACAUACAACAGUACAUAUGCACACACUCGACAACACACACCCCACAAUAAACAAACUCAAGAGCACAUAUGCAGAAAGAACACACACACAUAAUUUAUACACACACACAAAGAACGGUACAUACACAUGCAGAAACGUUAUAAACAACACACACACAAUAAUACACACACACACACACA